CAAUGACGUAGUUUCGGGGGCUCAACACUGAUACAUCCAACCAUCAUCCCAAGCUUGGCUGAUGGCUGAUAGCUGACAAGCUGAAAGCGCAUAACCAAACAAAGGAGCUUAGUGAGGCUCCUCCAGACAUGCCAUAGCCGCCGAUCGGAUGAUCAAUAUACUAUUCACAGAGAUAUGAUGAGAUAUGAUAUUCAUGAGAUCGCAAAAUCUUUCUUCAGACGGACAUGAUUGACUAGUGAGUGGAUUGGAGGAUUCAAAAUAGCCAAUGUCGACUAGAAUAGCUCUUGCGUUAAUGAGCGGCUCAGCUUAUAGUCUAUCAAGUUUAAAGCAUGGCCAUACAAUUGGCAUGACCUUCGAAGUGUAUAUAGGAAAGAGAAGUCUCAAGCUAUCCGACGAUUGUAAUAAACCAUUAGGAACUCAUCGCCUUGUAAACAUUCUUAAAGUCACAUAUUAUCCAGUCACGCCGAUAUUUCACACUAGCAUUAAUAUUCAUCAUUCACCAUGAAGUUCCUCGCCGUAUUUGUUACUGGGCUCUCGCUCGCCAUCCAAGCCGAAGCUGCAUGCCCCACGGUCGACCAGAUACGUACCUGGAUCAGAAACCAGGGCAUCACUCUCGACAAGACCGUUUUCUACACCAGCCCAUCUAGCACUAACAGGGACGCCAUGAACUAUGCCAACAAGAUCAACGGAAAGUUCUGGGGUAACGUCUACCCUAAUGACCAAUACUAUGACUGGCUCGGCGAAUGCGGCCCGGGUUCUGCCCAAGACGACCUUGCUCCUCGAAUGUCCGAAGCUCUUGCAAGAGAGACCACGGGUUCAGCAUAUAUAUUGUUGAAGAAGGGCACAACCCCAAGGCCGGAAUCGGUUUUCAUGGUCUACGAAUACCCGAACCUCAACGUCAAGGUCUAUGCGGUUAACCCGGAGAACCCAGACGAGACGAAAGAGUGGACUCCAGGCACAAGCUGGAAGCGAGCGGUUCCGUUCGGCGAUGUCCCGGUGUAAAAAUAAGCACGAAAAGACAUAUAUGUUAGGAUAUUUGUAUCUGUUAGUAGCGGGUCGUGUAGGGCUAUUUUAGGGUUAGGUAUUUAGGGUUAGUAUAUCGACGUUGUUUUACCUUCACGCGUUGGGUCGUUUAUAUUUGUUACAGUAACGGUCUGUUGUUGAAUCCAAUUUAAAUCAUCUCUCGGUCAAACCCUUAUGAUACUUGUAAACUUCCUGCGAGACGAACAAAUUUACGUGACGUUAUAUUGAUUUGACGUUUGCUACCUCAGGGGGUGACAAUGGACUUCAUAGGAGCCUAUAUAUUUAUAGUUGAGAGUUAGAUGACCAAUUCCUCUUUUUUCCACGUUGCUCUAUUUAUGAAUGCAGGUGUACUCAGAUGAGACGAGAAGUUAAACAGCUGGUAG